UCCAGAACUGCAUUUGGAAGCAGCUACAAUGAAGCUAGAAGAAUUUUUGAGCUACAGGAUGAGCAGAUUGAACUAAUGAUGCUGGCACAUCGGCAUCCAUUUACGCCUGGGUUCAUGCCGACAAAAGAUAAUCUAAGAAGAGAUCAGGUUGACAAAGAGAUCAAGAUCAUGCUAAGAGAACUGAUUCAGAAGAAGGAACAAGCAAUGAAACUGGGAAAAUGCGAGUGCAAGGACUUAUUAGGCUUGAUGCUAAAAUCCAGCAGACAAGCACAAACAAACACAAAUGGUACAAAUAAGAUUGGUCUAACGAUUGAUGAGGUGAUCGAGGAAUGCAAGCUCUUUUACUUUGCUGGCCAUGAGACUACUUCUGUGCUGCUGACAUGGACAAUGGUGCUCUUGUCGAUGCAUCCAAUUUGGAAGAACCGAGCAAGAGAAGAAGUGCGAGAGAUUUGUGCAAGGGAGAUGCCCAAUUAUGAAAGCAUUGGCCAACUUAAGAUUGUGAAUAUGAUAUUACAUGAAGCUCUAAGAUUAUAUCCACCAGUGGCUGCUCAGUAUCGACAUCUCUACAAUGAAACAAAGCUCGGGAAGUACACACUCCCGGGGGGCGUUGAUCUUAUAUUACCAACAAUAUUCAUCCACCACGACAUCAAUGUUUGGGGUGAAGAUGCCGAAGAAUUCAAACCUGAAAGAUUCUCAGAUGGAGUGCUCAAGGCAACAAACAAUCAGUUUGCUUUCUUCCCCUUUGGCUGGGGACAAAGAAUCUGUGUCGGGCAAAACUUUGCGCUGAUGGAAGCAAAGAUUGCUCUUGCUAUGAUACUGCAGCAUUUUUCUUUCGAGCUGUCACCCUCAUACAAGCACUCUCCUUUCAGUUUUAUUACAGUUCAGCCGCAACAUGGCGCUCCGCUUAUCUUACACCAACUGUGAGGAUUUUUGUGGUCGUUAUUCUAGAUGCUCUUAUAGUCGGAACAUACAUUUGUAUGAAUAACAGAGAUGAUUGUGGAUCAUCGGGUUGCUACAUAAACUUUGGUCUCGGUGGAACA